AUGGACAGUAUUCUGGCUCCUAUCCAGGAUGCCUUUGAGGGUCAAAUUCCGAACAAUUGGAGGACAGCUAAUGCUGACAAUUCAUCCAAGGAUUUCCAUGGACAACAACUUGCCGAGACGCUUUCGACAAUACUUCUGAUUUUAUCUGGGGCCCUCGCAUUCAUUGUGGGUUACAUUCAACAAGAUGUCUACCUGAUGCUGUGGGUUGGACUCGCUGGAACCGCUUUCACGGCCCUCGUCGUCGUCCCACCCUGGCCAUUUUAUAACCGGAAUCCGGAGGCGUGGCUCAAUUUCAAGAAGGUGCCUGGUGGUGCGUCGGGGAUUAUUGUUGAUGGGGUCAAGGUUGGAUAA